AUGAUGCGUCUUCUUAUGGAUGAAUUUACAUCUUUAUAUAAUUAUUCAUGUUCAGUUCAAUCAAAUAUAUCUAAUGCUAUGUUUAUUGCUUGUACACAUGAUGGUUAUGUAUUACGUGAUGGUAUUCCACAUAUGAAUGAUGUAUGGCCUGGUAUUCAUAUUCGAUAUAUUCUUCAUGGACAUGUUAGUGCAUUUUUAUUUAAUCAAUCAGGCUUUCAUCAUGCUGCUGCUGCUGCUAAAAUGUCACAACGACAAGAACCAAAUGUAAAACUAAAAAAACAUCUAAUUAUAUCACCAAUUUCUGUUACUACACCUAAAAAUUUGUGA